UUUUGGAAGCAUGUCGGCAAAGCUCUGAAGGAUUCUUUCCGUAGUAGAUAGGCCACAGGUGGUUUCAAUCGAACCAUCCCGAAUAUCCUUAAAAAAACAGCAUUGUCUACUUCUUGGGUUUUUUUUUUUUUUUUUCAUCCAGAAAGCUCUUUACUUUGGAUCCAUCAAAUGGCUUCGCUUCAGAUCAGCGGCGGUUCGGUUAGGUUCGAGCCACUCGUGGGAUUCAACAGAACCGGUUGUGUACAUCCGAUCGGUAGCCUCGGUUUCCCUCAUUAUCGCCGGAGAUUCAGUAUCGGACGGCCCUUGUUGCUGCGUUGUUCUUCCGUCUCUGGAGAGUCUCAAACUGAUGACAUCACUGACGCUCAGAGAGAUGCCUCUCUUCUUGGCUUUCAGCUCCCUCCUCCUGGUGAUCAAGAACUCUUCGGCACUAGCACAAAAGAAGCUACACAUCAAGAAGAGAACUCAGACGCUACUGAUGAAGCAGAGAUGGCUGAUUUUGGUGUACCUGGCAACAGAGCUGUUGAAGAAGGAGCUGCGGAAGUUGCACACACGAGUGUCAAAGCCGAAGUGAUCAACAACCUCGUUUUCGUUACCUCUGAAGCUGCUCCUUACUCCAAGACAGGAGGAUUAGGAGAUGUUUGUGGCUCUUUGCCGAUAGCUUUGGCUGGACGUGGCCACCGUGUCAUGGUCAUCUCUCCUCGGUACUUGAAUGGAACCUCUGCGGACAAGAACUAUGCCGGGGCUAAGGACUUAGGGGUCCGUGUCACCGUUCAUUGCUUUGGUGCUUCUCAAGAAGUUUCCUUCUAUCAUGAGUAUAGAGACGGUGUUGAUUGGGUUUUUAUUGAUCAUCAAUCUUACCAUAGACCUGGCAAUCCAUACGGAGAUAGUAAAGGAGCCUUUGGUGAUAAUCAGUUUCGGUUCACUUUACUUUGCCAUGCAGCAUGUGAAGCCCCUCUCGUGUUGCCUCUUGGAGGGUUCACUUAUGGAGAGAAGUCUCUAUUCCUUGUCAAUGACUGGCAUGCAGGACUUGUCCCCAUACUUUUGGCUGCAAAGUAUCGCCCAUACGGAGUUUAUAAAGAUGCAAGAAGCAUUCUGAUCAUCCAUAACCUCGCUCACCAGGGAGUGGAGCCAGCAGCUACUUACAGCAACUUGGGAUUGCCUUCGGAAUGGUAUGGAGCGGUGGGGUGGGUGUUUCCAACAUGGGCUAGAACUCAUGCUCUUGACACCGGUGAAGCGGUUAAUGUUCUCAAGGGUGCUAUUGUCACAUCUGACCGUAUCAUUACCGUGAGCCAGGGAUACGCAUGGGAAAUCACUACUGUCGAAGGUGGAUAUGGUCUUCAAGAUUUGCUUUCUAGUCGGAAGAGUGUUAUAAAUGGGAUCACGAAUGGAAUCAAUAUUGAUGAGUGGGAUCCAUCCAAGGAUGAACACAUUCCUUUCCAUUACUCUCUUGAUGAUUACUCCAACAAGGUUAAAUGCAAGAUGGCGCUACAAAAGGAACUGGGUCUCCCCAUCAGGCCUGAAUGUCCUAUGAUUGGGUUUAUAGGAAGACUUGAUUACCAGAAAGGCAUUGAUCUGAUCCAAAAUGCUGGUCAUGAUCUCAUGGUGGAUGACAUUCAAUUCGUCAUGCUUGGUUCAGGUGACCCAAAAUGUGAAAGCUGGAUGAGAAGUAUGGAGGAAACAUACAGAGACAAGUUCCGUGGUUGGGUUGGGUUCAAUGUUCCCAUCUCUCAUCGCAUCACUGCCGGAUGUGACAUUCUUCUGAUGCCUUCAAGAUUCGAACCAUGUGGUUUAAAUCAGUUAUACGCAAUGAGAUAUGGAACUAUUCCAGUCGUUCAUGCCACCGGAGGACUUAGAGAUACGGUUGAGAAUUUCAAUCCUUAUGCAGAAGGUGGAGCUGGUGCUGGUACAGGAUGGGUUUUCUCUCCAUUGUCAAAAGAUAGCAUGGUGUCGGCAUUGAGGUUGGCUGCAGCAACGUACAGAGAGUAUAAAGAGUCAUGGGAAGGAUUGAUGAGAAGAGGAAUGUGCAGAAACUAUUCUUGGGAAAACGCUGCCGUUCAGUACGAGCAAGUGUUCCAGUGGGUUUUCAUGGACCCUCCCUACAUCAAGUAGAUCCAAUCAAAACACAUACAACCGGUUGGACCGGAUCAGACUUGACCAAUUAGAAGGAAGAAAAUGGUCUUGUGAAAGAACCACCUCCUCUUCCGGUUAUUGAAAAUCUAUGGUUUUCAUUUGCACAAUGAACCAUGUAUCUGUGUCAUAUAUAUAUAUAAAAAUUGUAGCUAUGGUUUUUGUUCAGGGAGGUAUAGGAUUCUAGUUAUGAGGAGGCAUUACUUUGGUUUUAUUUAUCGGUUUAUGGCGAUAAUUUCUUAUCUUUGAACUUUAUAUCUACUAGUGACAGAUCCCCCGCGCAAGCGCGGGGUUAUGAUCAUUGUUUUGAUUCAUAACAUAAC